UCAGCUGUUUGUCAUUUCCAAAAUAACCUUAUCUGCGCCUCUUCAUCUUAUCUAUUCACAAAAAUAUCAUAUAAAUUAGCUCUUGGCCUCUUUUUCUUUACAUGGUGUACACGUAAAACAUAUAUUUUCCUAUUUCAUUGAGUGUUCUACUUGUUCCUCACCAUGGAAAUGAGUCUUCGCAGCGUUAGAGUUUUCAACCGGCUUUUGAGAAAACCCUUUGGGAUCACAGCUUAUAGAAAUGUUACGGGCACUGCUAUCAAGGAGGAGGUCAACGCAGAGUUACUGAACGUAUUCAACCGAGAUAUUAGAAACGGUGGCGUAGUACCAGUAUUCCGCAGAGCCCUGCUGUUCCCGACUCGAGUGGCGUUACAAGAUGAGUUCGGUAUCUACACAUACGCGGGAUUGUACCAAGCUGCCUCUGCGCUUUCGCAGGAAAUUGCCGCACAAUUGGUUGGUGAAUCCGAGAGGACGAUAGCUUACAUGUGCAACAAUGACGCGUCGCAUGUUAUAGUGCAGUGGGCCAUUUGGAUGUCCGGCAACAUUGCGGUACCAUUAACCCCACUCCACCCAGCGGAGAUGCUGAAAUACUACCUAACAGACAGUUCCUCAAGCCUGGUGGUCUGCACCCAGGAGUUCGAGAAGGUUCUCCGCCCCCUAACCCUGGAGCUUAAGAAGCCUCUUCUGGUUACGGGAAGAGAUAGCGUGUUGACCGCACAACUGUAUCAGCCGAAUACGUCAUUUUUGAAGCCAAAACCGGAGGAAACUUUGAAUGAUGUAGGAAAGACUAAUUCGUGGUAUGGACAUAAUGAAGCUCUCAUUAUUUAUACUAGUGGUACGACAAGCAAGCCCAAAGGCGUAGUAUGGACUCACAGCAUGCUACAAACUCAGAUAUCCGCCUUACACUCGGCGUGGCAGUACUCGGCCAGCGAUGUAGUGCUGCAUACAUUGCCGCUGCAUCACAUACAUGGACAGCUCAACUCUAUGCUCGCGUCUUUGGCGGCCGGAGCUAGACUGCGCAUGCUCCCCCAAUUCGUCUCCCACAACGUCUGGUCCCGUCUCCUCGGUAUGGGUGAACGCGACGAGACCAAAGUCACCGUCUUCCACGGCGUCCCCGCCAUGUAUGCCCGGCUGGUGGCUGACCAUGAGCGCAUGUUCUCCGACCCGAAGACCGCGGAGUAUGUGAGGACUACUCUUGGGAAUAGAAUGAGGCUGAUGUGUGCUGGGUCGGCGCCUUUGCCUGCGACGUUGUUCUUGAAGUGGGAGGAGAUUUCAGGCAUGCGUCUCCUAGAACGUUUCGGCAUGUCGGAAGUGGGGAUGGCUCUGAGCAACCCCUACCGUCCGUCGGAGGAGCGGUCGGUGGGGUGCGUGGGGCUGCCGCUGCCCGGCGUGGGCGCCAGGAUCGUGUCCGUCAGGGAGGACACUGGGGAGAUGGAGCCGCUGCUCACUGUGGACUCGCCUCCUCCAGAGACACAGAUAUGCUUGGACCGCCUUGGUCUAUCAUCAAAGGAGUUCUUCGUGGACUCAGACCGUUACGAGUGGCAGGAGCCGACUGUCACUGUACAUAAGGAGAAUCCGGAUAACGCGUACCAAGGAGAACUGCUUAUUAGUGGACCUGCUGUGUUUACUAGAUACUGGAACAGAGCUCCAAGACUGAACUCUCCCGACUUCACUGCCGACGGCUGGUUCCGUACCGGUGACACGGCCGCUUUCGAGAACGGUAAGUUCAGAAUACUCGGCCGAACUUCCAUCGACAUUAUCAAGACUUCAGGAUACAAAGUAAGCGCGUUACAAGUCGAGUCCGCCAUAUUGGAUCAUCCAAGCAUAGCUGAUGUCGCCAUCUUAGGCAUAGAAGACGAGAGAUAUGGCGAAAUUAUAUCAGCAGUCGUAGUUCUAAAAGAAAAUACGAAAUUAACGUUAGAAGAGUUAAAAGAAGCGGCUGGUAAGAAAUUGGCGCCAUAUCAGCUGCCUAGAACCAUGUUGGUUAUUGAUCAGAUGCCGCGAAACGCUAUGGGCAAGUUAGACAAGAAGGAAAUACGUAAACUCUUUUCGAAAAAGUUGACGUUGAAGUAGGUUUGUUAUGUUCGCGUUUUGUCUAUGGUCAUGAAAAUGUCUUUUAUUGAACUUAUGGAGUUUGAGUGAGGUCAUAUCCAUGAAGGUUUUACGAUGGAGUUUGUACUAUUAUUUCAGCUUUUUUAUAGAUGUAAUGUUUGUUACAUAAUUUAAUACAUUUUAAAUAGUUCUUGCAAUAGAAUAUAAUUGUUAAUACUCCUUGCAUUUAUUUAAUUGUAAUAUGUAUUAGGUUUGUGUUGGCGGUAGUAAAAUUUGGUUGUCGUCUACAUAAUAAAUACUUUUUGUUAGUGUUUUUGCAUUAUUAUAUAUGAACAAAUAGUCUCUAAUGUUAUAGGAUAAUUUGAUUGUCUUUAUAAAGUCAAAGGCUUAUAAUUUAAUAUUUGUAUGUAUACAUGUAUCUUAGAUAUUUACUAUUUAUCUUUGAAAGAAUAAAACUUAAAACUCGUGUGCAAUUUUGUAGAAUAUUUAAAAAAUAUUGUAGACACAAGAACAAAUAGAGAGACUGAAAUAAAACUUAAGGUGUGUUGGUACGUAUCUAUGGCCGUGACUUAAUAUUCAAAUAUUUUCAUUAUUAUGUAUUUAUAUGAAUUUAUACUCGUACAUAUAUAAAGAAGAAAAAAGGUCUGUCAACCAUGUAAUGGGCACGGUAUCCAAUUAUCAUAGAGGCCUUAUAUUUAUGAGACUCAAAUACACCAUAAAGUAGUAUUCCUAUAAGGGACUUCUAAUUAGAAAUGAGUCGAAUUUUCAAGUGGAAUGCCAUAAUAAAAUCACUUUAAAACUUAUAAUGAUAAUUAGAUAUGUAUUUAUGAUUAAGGUAUGAAGCACAAGAUAUGGUUAACAUGUUAAAACAUUUUAUUAUUUUAGCAAAUUAUAGAAUUUUUUGUCAAGUUUCUUUAGUAAAACUAUUUCUUAGAUAGGUGGAAACUUCUUGAAAAAUGAUUAAAAAGUAGUUCGUUUCUUAUGUUUGCAAUAUUUUGCCUCAUGAUUAAAAAUGCGGCAACUGUACACAAUUCAAGGAAUUAGGAUUUAGUAGGUAUAUUUUUAUUUGUUGUUCCUAACGUAUCGGUUAAUUUUAUCGACUGACGUAAUGUUGUUAUUUUAAUUAUGUUUUAUUGAUUGUAAUGUUGAAUAAAAGACAAUUCAAAUCA